CGACGCGGAUCAGAGCAGCGCACAUCCGCGCCUCAGCGCACCGGAACACUUCAGAUCUCCGCUCGAUUCUCGCAAACCUUAGCGCCAGACACUUUUUCCGAUUGAAAGGAUUAUUUGAGCAUCACUGUCCACCGGCAACGCCUAAGAUUAUUUAACGCCAAGCCGUUUCUCCUGUCUGCCCCCGGUUAUCACCCACUUGACUGGUUCCUACCCCAUCUCUCAACCAUCGUCUUAAACUCAAGAGAAAAUCGCGGGAUUUGGGAUUUGUGCACCUGUCUCUUCAUUUAACACCGGACACCGUUAAGCUCACCGUUGUAGCCUGUUUCCAGAAUUAAGCAACGGAUUACCUGUAGUUUCCAGAAUGAACAACAGAGAUCGCUGGAGGGUGUACAAGAGGGUGAGCGUCAUGUUUUUCCUGGCCCUGGUGGCGCUGACCGUUGUCCAGCGAGGGAACAUCGGUAUGGGGGCUCCCUUUGAACUCGAGAGGCAGACGCGCAUGCAGGCCAUGCAGGGAGGGGAGCCCGGAGCUGAUCUGGAGGAGAAAACUGACUCGCAUCCGGGGAUAAAAGGCUUCUGGAAGGUUGGCAGACCCCAGGCGAGGCCUAAACCCCGGGCUACCACGCAGGACCUCCGAAUCGGUGAGAACAACAUCCCCAGAACUUGGGACGUGACGAGCUCAAACUGCAGCGCCAACCUGAACUUCUCGAGCCAGGACUGGUUCAAGGGCCUGGAGGGCCAUUUCAAGCAGUUCAUGCUGUAUCGACACUGCCGCUAUUUUCCCAUGAACCUCAACCACCCGGAGAAGUGCGCGGGAGAAAUAGAUUUGCUCAUGGUAAUCAAAUCUGUGGCCACCCAGCAUGACCGCCGGGAGGUCAUUCGAAAAACCUGGGGCAAAGAGCAGGUGCUGGACGGCAAGAGAAUAAAGACCCUCUUCCUUCUCGGUAAGCCCUCCAAUGAAGCGGAAAGAGCGAACCACCAGAAACUCGUGGAGUACGAAGACUACAUCUACGGGGAUAUUCUCCAGUGGGACUUCUUAGAUAGCUUCUUCAACCUGACGCUCAAGGAGACCCACUUCCUCAAAUGGUUCCACACGUAUUGCCCCGGCGUGCGCUACGUCUUCAAGGGGGAUGAUGACGUGUUUGUCAGCGUGCAGAACAUUUUCGAGUUCCUAGAAAGCAGCAACCACAAGAAGGACCUGUUCGUGGGGGAUGUGAUUUUCAACGCUAAGCCCAUACGUAAGAAGGACAACAAAUACUACAUCCCCCAGGCUUUAUACAACAAGACGCACUACCCUCCAUAUGCAGGCGGAGGGGGGUUCCUGAUGGACGGAUCCUUGGUGAGGAGGCUGUACUGGGCCGCAGACACCCUGGAGCUCUACCCCAUUGACGACGUCUUCCUGGGCAUGUGUUUAGAGGUGCUUCAGGUCACCCCCAUAAAACACAACGCCUUUAAGACGUUUGGCUUGGUCAAAAACAAGAACAGCAAGUUGAACCGAGAACCUUGCUUCUUUAGGAGCAUGAUUGUCGUGCAUAAGCUUCUCCCGUCGGACCUCAUGCACAUGUGGAAUCUGGUCAACAGCGACCUGGUCUGCUCGCAGAAAGUGGAGAUCCUAUAGCUCGAGCGGGGACACCGGGUGGCGCCAGCGCCAAGAAACUGAGCUUUUACCUCAAAGGCAAACUUCUCAGUACACUCUCCUUUGUGUGGAGAGGUAGCGGGACACGUUUUGAACUGCGUGUUUUGGAAAAAGUUUCCUUAAAAAUCAAGUAAAUUAUACGAAAGUUUGUUUCCCAUUUUUCUUUUUUUUUUUGUUAAAAAAAAGAAAAAGUUGAGUUACAAAUGUGUAUUUAUAUGUGGAAGGACUCACUGUCAAUGCGCAGGUUCAGAGACGGCAACCGGGUGGGGGGUGCAGUAUUGAUGGACACACUACGGAAGAUCGUUGCUCGGUCGAAUAUUCUUUUAUGGGUAGAUACACACCCUCCUUAAAAACACCAAGAACCCCGUGACCUGUGACCACAUAUACAAUGAUCCAUUAAUGUGAAUACACAUCAAACAAUUCAAAGUAAACUCUAUCGCAAAGGGCAAGUGCUUGACAGCUUCAUAUAAAUGUUUGGUUGAGAUUAAAUGUCAGUUAGUUAAUUAGUACGUGUGCCACAGAUUUCGAAAAGCCACUGCACAUGCUGCACAGCUUGGAUUUACAUCCAGGGUUUUUGGAAGUGUUACACACUGCAAUCACUUUGACCAGCGUGUUGCGUUGGAUACAAAUAGCUUCAAGUCCAAGAAAGGAACACAUGUCUCUACCUCAGUGAGUCUGCCAAAAAAAAAAUAAAGUUUUUUCUUUGGUCACCUUAUGUGCUACCAUAUACAUUACUUUUCUGAUGCAGCACAUGUACCUAAAGUAAUCACUCUUGGAAACGCAGAAGUCUUUGCACUCAUUGUUUUUGAAUGUGACCGACUUGAUCUGGACGUCUACCACAUUGUACAUCACUGGAAACAAAGAAACAACAACAAAAAAAAAAACUUGUUACAUGUGUCCGUGGAUUUCGAAUGUGCUGAUAUACUUGACAUGAAAAUUAGGGGGUUUACAAUGACACUGUGAACAAAAUCUAUUGUUGGUACGAGCACAUUUUAAUUUAAUCACCCUCUGUGGAAGGGGGAUUUGUUCUUACAUUUAAUUUAACGCAAUGAGCGGACGUAUAAACGGGAUGCUGAGUGAUCGUCAACAUGUACAUUGUGGGCGUAGAGGGUGGUGGUCAUGUCUAGAUGAUGUAAAUAUAUGAAAAAAAAAAAAUAUGACAGAAGGAAAUCAACAUGUACAUAGGAUGUCAUUUGUAAAUAAACUUCUUCACAAUA